AUGACUGCCGUCGCCUCUACUAGCGGGAAGCAAGAUGCUGACCAUAACCAGUCUAUAGAGUGUCCAAGGUUUUCGCGUGGACAGAAAGAGAUUUUGUUGGACCAUGAGGAUGCGAAGGGGAAGGAUUCAAUAAUCAACUCCCCCGUGUCAGGGAGGCAAUCAAUAAGCCCUACUUUGUCGAAUGCUACUACCACGACUACGAAAUCUAUUAUGAAUGCCACCGGCACCUCCGGCGCAGUAGUAAGUAAUACUCCGGAGCCUGGUUUGAAGAGAGUCCCCGCCGUCACUUUCAGUGAUCUAAAGCAACAGCAAAAGCAGGAUAGUCUGACUCAGCUGAAGAACGACUCAGAAAGGACCAAGUCUCCAAAUAGUAAUCCUGCUCCUGUCUCAAAUUCCAUUCCUGGCAAUCAUGCAGUUAUACCGAACCACACCAACACUUCAAGAACAACGCAAUUAUCUGGGUCUCCACUCGUCAACGAAAUGAAAGAUUAUGAUCCUAAGAAAAAAGACAGUGCUCUUAAAAUAGUUGAUACCAUGAAGCCUGACAAAAUCAUGGCCACUUCAACGCCAAUAAGUAGAGAAAAUAAUAAGGUAACCGCCAAAGCCCCCACCAGUAUUACACUUCGAAAGGAAGAUGCACAAGAUCAAGCUAACAAUGUUUCAGGCCAAAUUAAUGUGCGUUCUACCCCGGAAGAAACGCCAGUGAAGCAGUCCGUCAUUCCUUCCAUCAUCCCCAAAAGAGAGAACUCCAAGAAUUUGGAUCCCAGACUACCUCAAGAUGAUGGAAAAUUGCACGUGUUGUUUGGCGCUACAGGUUCGUUAUCGGUAUUUAAGAUCAAGCCAAUGAUUAAAAAACUAGAAGAAAUAUAUGGACGUGAUAGAAUAAGCAUUCAAGUUAUCCUCACUCAAUCAGCAACACAGUUUUUCGAACAAAGAUAUACCAAGAAAAUUAUCAAAUCUUCAGAAAAACUAAAUAAAAUGUCGCAGUACGAAUCCACUCCGGCAACUCCAGUGACACCAACACCAGGACAAUGCAACAUGGCUCAAGUAGUCGAGUUACCCCCACAUAUUCAACUAUGGACCGACCAAGAUGAAUGGGACGCAUGGAAACAACGAACUGAUCCUGUACUUCAUAUAGAACUACGUCGCUGGGCGGAUAUACUGGUAGUAGCUCCAUUAACUGCAAACACAUUAUCAAAAAUUGCUUUGGGCCUGUGCGACAAUCUUCUGACAAGUGUCAUUAGAGCUUGGAAUCCGAGUUAUCCCAUUCUUUUGGCACCUUCUAUGGUGAGUAGCACUUUUAAUUCUAUGAUGACAAAGAAGCAACUACAAACGAUAAAGGAGGAAAUGUCCUGGGUCACUGUUUUCAAGCCGUCUGAGAAAGUUAUGGAUAUAAAUGGUGAUAUUGGUCUCGGGGGUAUGAUGGACUGGAAUGAGAUUGUUAACAAAAUCGUUAUGAAAUUGGGUGGGUACCCAAAAAAUAACGAGGAAGAGGACGAUGAUGAGGAUGAGGAAGAAGACGACGACGAAGAAGAAGAUACAGAAGAUAAGAACGAAAACAACAACGAUGAUGAUGACGAUGACGACGAUGACGACGACGACGACGACGACGACGACGACGACGACGACGAUGAUGACGAGGACGAGGACGAAGCAGAAACCCCAGGUAUAAUAGAUAAGCAUCAAUAA